UCAGAAAUCACAGGUCUCCUCCCACUAGCCAAGAGAAAGAACAGCGGCGCAGUUACACAGCUCUGGUCUUCCAAGCAUAUGGCAAAAAUAGAUAUUUUUCUUUCUUUUUAUGUGGUGCCCACUACAUUUUAAAAAUUCCGCCGAAAAAGAGAAGACGAUUUUCCGAAACAUUCUGGCCGUUAUCUCACGGCUCCCUCUUCUCUGUGCAGGUGUAUAACCGCUACCCAGAAGGACUAGGGGCGGCCCUUUACCGGGAGCGCUUUGACUUCAACGCCGAGCCGCCUUGGGAUCCUAGCUGAUAGCGGGACACGCCCAUCUCCUGACUUGUCCAUUUUGUUGCGUAACCAGCAGGACCCCACAGCUCUGGCAUAACCUUCACCUGAUUACUGCUUUAUGAUUGUCGGAUUUGCGGAAUACGGCUGAGAUGAAAGGACUUGCUGACCAACCAAACCACAUUGUUGAACUCUUGGAGGGAGGAACCACUUUGGAAGAUGUCAUAGAUGGACACGUUCAGGAACAAGCUCUGGAUGAUAAGAGUGUGUUUGUGGUGGCAGACCUGGGGGCCCUAAUGAGACAGCAUGUCCAGUGGCAGAACACCGUGUCCCGGAUCAGCGCCUACUACCCUGUCAGCACCAACAGCAGCCCUGCGGUACUCCAGGUUCUAGCCUCUCUUGGACUUGGCUUUGUCUGUGCCAACAAGGGUGAAGUCAGCCUGGCAUUGGACUAUGGUGUCCCCCCUGAGAACAUCAUCUUCUCUGGGGUUUGCAAACCGCUGUCCCACAUUAAGUACGCAGCCAGGAAUGGUGUUGACCUUCUGGUGUGCGACAGCGAGACCGAACUCUGCAAGAUUGCCCGUUCCCAUCCCAAUGCCAAGUUGUUGGUCCAGGUCACUACGUGGGCCCAGGUGGCUGAAACCAGCAUGGCAUUUGGCUGCUCUCUGAAAAGCUGCAGGCAUCUUCUGGAGAUGGCUAAGAGCCUUGGGGUGCAGGUGGUGGGAGCUACGUUCCACAUUCCUGCUUCCUGCAAGGACCUACAGGCAUAUGGCCACGCCCUCUCGGAUGCCCGCUGUGUGUUUGACAUGGGGGAGGAGCUGGGCUUUAAUAUGAGCAUCCUGGAUAUUGGUGGUGGGUUCUCUGGCUCAGAGUAUCAGCUCAAACAGGUUCACAUGGCUGUCCGGCCGCUGUUGGAUGUCUACUUCCCCUCCCAGUCGGAGGUGCAGGUGAUCGCUGAGCCUGGGAGCUACUACGUCUCCUCCGCCUUCACUUUGGCUGUUAACAUCAUCGGCAAGAAGGUGGUGGCCCAGGACUGGGGUGGCCGUGCUCCAGAGGCGCUGACCCUCGACGACGAGCCAGAGUUCCUGUACUACCUGAACGACGGCGUUUACGGGUCUUUCUCGUGCAAACUGCUGGGCAACAGCAUCCCUCCCCCGGCAGUGCACAAGAGGGCCUCUAUGGUGGAGCAGCCUGUGUUCUCCAGCAGCCUGUGGGGUCCCACACUGGACAGCCUGGACCGGGUUGUGGAGCGCUGCCUUCUGCCUGAACUGGGCCCUGGGGACUGGCUGGUCUUCAACAACAUGGGGGCCUCUGGCCUGGAGAACCUGUCCUCCUUCAGUGACCCCUCUGCCUGCAGACCCCCGGUCUACUACACCGUCUCCACCACCGACUGAUUUUCCUGCCGUAAAGCCUCGGGAUUGACAGGUCGUGUCGGCGUGUCUAUAUUCACGAAUUCGAUCGGUAGGGUAGACGCGGAACGGGACAAUGGAAGGAGCGGUCGGAGGGACGUCCAAGCUGGGGCCUUGUGAUUGGACAGGAUGUGAGACUGGCACCGAGAGUUUGGCUCUUUGUAUUACCUUAUGAUGUCCGAUGUAUCUUCUGAUUAGACACCCAACUGAUGUCGUGCAAGGAUUGUCCGUGCCACACCUGAUCUUCACUGUUUGUGACAAUAUCUCAAAACUUGGACAGACGCGAACUACACAUUAAGCUAAACCAUUGGCCAUUCUACUGUACUGUAGAGCCAUUGUAUUGCUCAACCAUUUUUCCUCUGUUGAUCUUCAGGUAUGAAAUGCAGGAAGCCGGAGUAGCCUUGGACAGCAUCAUGAAGAACUUCUCUUUGGUCCAGUAUGGUGCUUAGCUCCUCCCUCAGCUCUGCUCCUCCCCCACAUUAUGACAUCAGAGAGGGAACCCUGGAGGUCAACAUUCCAACAUCCAGGACUUAAAUACGCAAUCUGUCAACAGUGGUGGUUUUCCUGGGAUAUUAUUGAUUACUGGCCCAUAAGUGUAUUGUCCCGUCCCUCCUUUCUCAGUCAGCUAGAGAACAUCAAGAACACAGGUUUACCAGUAACAUAUGCAACAAAACGGAUGACUCUUGGAGAUGGAAGCCUGCUUCUUAACUGGGUUUCCUAAUCAGAUGCGUUUACAUAAAUGUACAUUUGAUUCAUUUCUAUUAUCUAUGAUUACCAGUUGUCAGUCUUGUAGAAAUCAGUUGUCAGGCCGACAUGAUGAUGCAUUUGUUUAUAGAGGACGAUUUUCCAGGUUUUUAGUAUUUAAAAUCAGUACUACAUUUGUGCUUUAGACCCCUAGUAAAUCUAAGUGAAACAGAAAGCUUACAUUGUGAGACGUUCACCCAUUCUUGAUCUUGAUUAGUUUGAUUUCUUAAACCUAUAUAUGGAGCUCAUUGAUCUCCUGAGAAAAUGUCUCCUAGUUCAUUCUCUGUUCACCUAAUGUGUUCUGUCUAAGAUAUAUCUAAAUAUUUAUGUAUUUUCUAACGCUACCUAGAUAUGUGUGCUGUGAUUGCCAUGGUGACCUCUUAAAGUUCUCAGUCUCAGUGAGGCAUUUGAAGGAUUUGCUGAAGUGAUUUCAGAGGUACAACUGACUAGAAAGCUAGUCUGGUGUACCGUUUGCUUUCGUUUAGCCAGUCGUUCUGAGUACCAGAGGUGCAAACAUGUUUGAACCAGGCUAUCAGAAAGCAUUUACUCAGGGGUGUGGUCAUUGGAAACCAACUAGUAGCAAACGGAACAAAACGCAGAGGGACCUUCCAGAAUCUACUGUUCCAACUCGUUUACAAAUAGUUUUGCUACAGUGUACACCAGUGAAUACAACCCACUUCUGUGUGUGUAGUGGGAGGGUUUGACAGCAAAGCCUCACUGACCUGUUGAACUGAAUGAGAGCAGGAGGACUGUUGCAUCUGUGGUCUGUGUGCCUGCUUCCCUUUUCUAAUUGGCCAAGUGUUUGUCCAUCAAAAGUUCAAUCAAUUUGAAAGGUUUCUCUGUGAAAAUGGAUUGAUGUGGUGACUGCUGUCCAUCACAUAUGACACCUGUUAAGAACUCAUUGGACAUAACAGAUACGAGCAGCUUUCUGGUUCGGCCGAGUGUUUCCAGCUCAUGGCCUGGGUUCAUGCUUUGCAGAGGUGGUAUAGAGUUGCAACUGCACUGCCUUGUAAACUUGGACAUAUUAAAGUGUUCUCAAUGUUUCAACCACAGCGUGGGUUCCAGGUCCCUGUUCUCUCUUGCCAGAGCAUGUUCGCUCGCUGCCCCCCGUAACACAUUGCAGACGUGUCUUAUGAAAUUAGCUUCUCGUGCCUCUGCCGGGCUGCAUCAUACAGGUUUAUACAGGUUUAAAUACAAGGUGGCUCCACUUCCCCUGGUACCUCUUCUGGUUGUGCUGUUUCCAACUCCAUUACAAUUUGGUAGGUCAUUUAGUGGGUGCUUUUAAUUUCUCCUAUUUUACACCUUUGCGGUUGCUUCUUGGCCAGCAUAUAUUCAGUCAGCCUGGAGCAAGUGCCUUGCUCAGGGCAUAUCAGCAGAAGGUUCACCGUAUUGGCCCAGGGGUUUCAAAUACAAGGAGCCAAACACUGAACCGUGGCAAACUGCGGCUAACCAGCAAGACGUUUGGCCUUGUGGAAUGACAGUAGGCAUUAUGCCACAAUCUGACUGACUCUCAGGCUGACUGAAAAACACUUUCUUAAUCCUGCCCUCAUUGGAAAUAAUGUAUUGUAAAUUACUUUCUGUCUAAGGCACUAAUGGACCAUAGCCUGUUUUUGACUGUAAAUUGUGCUUGUUAAAGUAAUGAAAGUUAUUAAUUUAAUACAUCUGA